AUGAGUCAAGAAUUAACUAAAUUAAGUUCAGGAGCUAUUAAUAUCACAUUUACAUUACCAAAUGUUCCAGAUGUUCAAACUGUUCCUUUUUCAUAUCUUGAUGCUUAUCAUAAACAACAAUUGAACAAUGCUAUUGUAUUAGGUGCAACUAUUGGAGCUUCAUCCAUGUUAAUGAUAAUGUUAAUUGGAAUAUUAUACAAAAAUUUCAAAACUUUAAAAACUUCAUUAUUAUUUAAUUUAAAUAUUGGUAUUUUAUUAUCAAUUGUGAUUAGAUCAGGUUGUUAUUUAAAUUAUUUAUUAAAUAAUUUAGCAAGUAUUAGUUUUAAUUUCACUGGUAUUUAUAAUGGUGAAAGUUUUGCAAGUUCUGAUGCUGCUAAUGCAUUUAAAGUUUUAUUGAUUACAUUAAUUCAAGUUUCAUUAGUUUAUCAAAUAUUUAUAAUGUUUAAAACUCCAACUUUCAAAAAUUGGGGUAUUAUGGCAUCUGUUUUAGCUGGUUUAUUAGCACUUGCAUCUAUUGGAACUCAAAUUUAUAAUGCUAUUAAAUCUCAUAUAGCUUUUACUGCUGGCACUUCUGGUUCACCAAUUGCAAUUGAUGAUUUUUUGAUGGAUUUACCAACUAUAUUAUUUUCAGUUAGUAUAAAUAUAAUUUCAGUAUUGUUAGUUAUAAAAUUAGGUUUAGCUAUCAAGAAAAGAAGAUAUCUUGGUUUAAAACAAUUUGAUUCAUUUCAUAUUUUAUUUAUCAUGUCAACUCAAACAAUGAUCAUACCUUCCAUUAUUUUAUUUAUUCAUUAUUUUAAUUACAAACAUGCAAAUACAACCUUAGUUAAUGUUUCAUUAUUAUUAAUUGUUAUAUCAUUACCAUUAAGUUCAUUAUGGGCACAAACUGCAAAUAAUGUUAGAAAAAUAAAUUCAUCACCAAGUAUGUCAUUUAUUUCAAGAUCUUCUUCAAAUCAUAGUGGACAAGACACUUUAGCAAGUGCAUCUUCAAAAAUAUCAAAAUUUAAUACAAUAGUUUCAUCAAAUUCUACAACUCCAAUAACAUUAAAAGGUGGUGAUGAUGAUUCUUUUAUUUUAGAUAGAAAUGUUAAUUCAAAUCCUUUAGGGAGCACUUUGAAUACUGGAUUACCAAGAGACUUGGAAAAAUAUUUAAAUGAAGAUAUUGAUGAAGGUAUUAUUGCAAGAGAAAUUACUAUAUUGAAAAAUUAG